GUGUUAAAUAUUUUGCUAAUGAACAACGAACUUAUGUUACAUUUCAACCUUCACGUGAACGUGCACCACAUUCGAAACAAAAAGAAGUUAAACCGAAAAUUACACAAGUUACGGUAGAUUGGUACCAGAAAGUUAAGACUGAUACACAUGGACACGUUAUUUGGGCUGGAUAUAUUAGCUUUAGGUUUUCAGUAGCAAGAGGACAUUCAUAA